AUGGAGGAGAAAAAUAACCAACUAUCAGAAAGAACAUAUAAACUAUAUAAAUCAGUAUUCAAUAAUAUAGUUUUAUCAAAUAUAAUUUUUAGAUAUGUAGAAAGAUGGAAUUAUACCUGUUUAAGCAACUACUAUCAAUUCGAACGAUAUGCAUAUAAGUUUCAAAAUGACCAUGUAACCAAAGCAAUAUUUAAAUAUAAUGACAUCAAAUUAGAAUGGAUUUUAGCACAUGAUAAAUGGUUAUUAUUCAAAGAUAAAGUCAAAACUGGAUCUCAUUUUAAUUUUGGUGGUGUUACUGAAGAAAGCUUUAAAAAACUAUUGGGUGUAUUAAAUUUAAAGAAUCCAGCAUGUACAAGAUUAUUCAACACAGACUCUGAAGGCAUUAUUCUAUUAAUGGAAGGUUUUUAUUUCAAUAACGAAGAAGAUUUAAAGCGUCUUGGUUUUACAACAACUUAUUCAUACGACAUAAAAUGCUCAUUAAAUAUAUUUGACAUGUCAAUCUUAAAGAACAAUAUAGAUUUUUUAAAGAUCAUUUUAAAUGAAUAUCUCAAAAGUGUCAAAGAUAUAAACAAAAAAGAAAAAGAAAAAGAAAAAGAAAAAGAAAAGGAAAAAGAAAAAGGAAAAGAAAUAGAUUCUGCUGGUUCAUCAAGCAGUUCAGAUAAAAUGGUAGGCCCUUUCCAAUUUAAUGAAAGUGAACUUGUUAGGAAAUUAUUUGCUUUUGGUGAUUUAGAAAUGAUAAAGUAUCUACAUGGGCAAUAUGGCUUAAAUCUUGGUCAUUAUUAUAACAACUUAUUAUAUUGGGCUUUAUUAUCACCACAUAGAAAUAGUUUAGUCACAUUUCUUUUACAUGAAGCUGAAUAUAAGAUCCCCACCGAGUAUCCCGAAAGAUAUAGAGAUUUCUUCGAAAAUCUUUUAUUAUUGGACUACAAGCUAUUUAAAAAAUUAGUCAAGCUUGGUUCACCAGUAUUGUUAACAACUAAAAUUCCAUACCACUACUUUGAGAAAAUUACAUCAACCAUCCCAUUCAAUGAUCAAUUAAACUAUAUACUCACAUUGGUUCACUGCUUUUAUAUCGAGAAAAAAGAUGAAAAAUAUCAGUCAAUGCUAAAGAAAAUGAGAACCUUAACCAAACACAAAGAAAUGAUUAACCCAAAACCCUUUGAAUCAUUUAAUGCAAAAACAGAAAUUUCAAAUGGAAAAGAAAGUAUUUUUGGAGAUUCAUUUAAAAAAACAACCGAACCAAAUACUAAUAAAAGAUCAUCCAUUUUUGGUUCAUUUUUUGGGAAAAAACCUACAACCACAACCACAACCACUUCAGCUACCACUACCACUACAACCACCACUGCAACCACCUCUGCAACCUCAACCACCUCAACUAAACCUACACUACCUUCUACCACUUUCACCGCUAAAAUGUCCUUAAAAGACUCACCAUUCUUUUCAUCAUCUAAAAAGGACAGCAAAUACUCAAGCUAUUUAAAAGUCGAUUAUGAAAAUUUCAAUUUAGAAAGAGAAAUUAAAAGAGUAUUUAUUUUCGAGUUUUUGACAGAUUAUGAAGUCACUCAUCAAACAGAGUUUUUAGAUUCAUUAAUUUUCUUUAUUGGCAAAUUUGAAGAUUUCAACUUACUAAAUAAUCUAAUUACCUAUAGUCCUGGAAUCGAACAACAAAUUAAAGAAACCAUUGUAAAAUUUUCGACUCAAUAUGCAUUUGUAAAUUUAUUAAAAUUCUCUGUCAACAAUAACAUUUUACCACAUAAAUUUGGCAUCAAACAUCUCUACUUUACAUAUAGAUAUCCCGAAUUUGUACCAGUUGAAAAACAUUUGGAAUUAAUUAGAUUUUUAAUUACAAAUGCUCAAGUUGAUAAGAAAACCAUUGAAACUUUAACAACCAGUUUACGUGAAUAUCACAUUUAUUGGAAAACUCAAAUCUCUUUUGAAAGAAACGAAGAAAUAAAAGAUAUUAUCAGAGGUUUUUCAACAUCAAUUUCAAAUCAUCGUACUGUUGUCGCCUCCCCUGAUCAACAAUAA